CCCCGCCCCGCCCCCGUUGCUAGGGAAGUGAGGUCACGCAGUAUGGCGGCUCGGGGCCGCGGCAGCUGAGUCGUCGGGGCUGCGGGGAAUCCGCGUCCAUCCUGCUGCGGAGCUGCGGCGCCGGUGCCGCCUGCCUCGCCACUCUCGCGCGGCGGGACUGAGGCCGCGAUGGCAUCAGGAGCCGUGGGGCUGUGAGGCGGCAGAGCGCGAGCCGGCAGGGUGGACAGAGCAACCGAACGGGGUCUCGGACAGGGCGAGCUGCCGCUAUGGAGCUGAGGGUCGGGAACCGUUACCGGCUGGGCCGGAAGAUCGGGAGCGGCUCCUUCGGGGACAUCUACCUGGGAACUGAUAUUGCUGCUGGAGAGGAAGUUGCAAUUAAGUUGGAAUGUGUGAAGACCAAACAUCCUCAGCUCCACAUCGAGAGUAAAAUCUACAAAAUGAUGCAGGGUGGAGUGGGUAUUCCCACAAUUAAGUGGUGUGGAGCUGAAGGGGAUUAUAAUGUAAUGGUGAUGGAGUUGUUGGGACCAAGUCUUGAAGAUCUCUUCAAUUUUUGCUCAAGGAAAUUUAGCCUCAAGACAGUUCUCUUACUUGCCGACCAAAUGAUUAGUCGAAUUGAAUAUAUUCACUCUAAGAACUUCAUCCACCGAGACGUGAAGCCGGAUAACUUCUUAAUGGGCCUGGGAAAGAAGGGCAAUCUUGUCUACAUAAUAGACUUUGGAUUAGCGAAGAAGUAUCGAGAUGCUCGAACUCACCAACAUAUUCCAUAUCGUGAAAAUAAAAACUUAACAGGAACUGCCCGUUACGCAUCCAUCAAUACUCAUCUUGGAAUUGAGCAAUCUCGCAGAGAUGACUUGGAGUCCUUGGGCUAUGUACUGAUGUAUUUUAACCUGGGCUCCCUCCCCUGGCAGGGACUGAAAGCAGCAACAAAGAGGCAGAAAUACGAACGUAUCAGUGAAAAGAAAAUGUCUACACCCAUUGAGGUUUUGUGUAAAGGAUAUCCUUCUGAAUUCGCUACAUAUUUGAAUUUCUGCCGUUCUUUGCGUUUUGACGACAAACCAGACUAUUCCUAUCUAAGGCAAUUAUUCAGAAACCUCUUCCACCGACAAGGAUUCUCCUAUGACUAUGUGUUUGACUGGAACAUGCUCAAGUUUGGUGCAAGCAGAGCUGCUGAAGAUGCUGAACGUGAAAGGAGAGAACGAGAGGAAAGAUUAAGACAUACACGAAAUCCAGCAGUUCGUGGCUUACCCUCCACUGCUUCUGGCAGGCUGAGGGGAACGCAAGAUGUAGCUCCUCCUACUCCUCUUACCCCAACUUCACAUGCUGCCAACACCUCUCCUCGGCCAGUGUCUGGUAUAGAACGAGAAAGGAAAGUGAGUAUGCGAUUGCAUCGUGGUGCCCCAGUCAACGUCUCGUCAUCUGACUUAACAGGCCGACAAGAUACCUCUCGCAUGUCAACUUCACAGAAUAGCAUUCCUUUCGAACACCAUGGCAAGUAGCUGUUCGUCUCCUUUCGUUGGAAGGCAGCACUGGGUGAAUUUUCCAUGUUAACUUCCAAUAAAGGAGGAAAAUACAGGGAACUUCGUGUAGCUACAGGUGGGUGUGAAACAUUAUGUAGUUCGUUGGAUUAUAGAUUCACACGCUUUUUGGCAACAAAUCACGUGAAAGUAUGUUGAGAGCCAUUUGUAUGUCAACGGGAAGGACUUGUGCUGAUCUUAUCUUGUUUUUGGCUUCGGUAGAUUCCUGCUCGGGUAACUACCAGUGUUCUCCAGUCCGCUGUGCACCGAUGAAAAUUGUUUUGCCAUGGAGGGCAGAUAAUGCAUGGCUGAUCUCCUAUGUUGCCAAUGGCUUUACUAGCAAAAAUACCCUAAACUAGAGUGGAAACGUUACAACUGGAGUUCUCCAUGUGACUUAAAAGGCACUUGGAGGAACAUGGACAGACUCCAGCAGCUGCCAUUACAGGACGCUUUUGCCAGAAACCCAAUGACCUUAAGAGAACUCUGUAGUAACAGGGCUGGAAAAGAAAGAUGGUUUACAGAGAUGACUGCCUGUUAUUGGAUGGCCAUUUCAGUUCUCCCUCCACAGGCGGCAGACUUUACCCCUUUUUAGUAUUCUACUGUAACUAUAAAUCUUUUACUUGGUUUCAGAAAGUUUUUGUAUCAUUUUGCUAAAAUUAUUGGCUUAAUUCUCCUGUAAAGAACUCUAUCUUGCUUUUGUCUGAUUUAAAAAUGUAGAAUAUACACAAUCCUAAACUAAAGACAAUGACUUGAAAUUUCUUGUUUAAAAAAAGUAUUCUGGCAGGGAACAUGUAAAUGAAUCAAAACCAUCCGACUUCAUUUAAACUGUUUACUUGUAUGAUCCCAUUCUGAAUGAGAAGGUUUUCUCAUGAAAUUUUUAAAACUUAGAAUUAUAUUUUGUUGUUUGCUGUCUUCAUUCACACUUGCAUUUAACUUUCCAUGUAACACAAAGGAAUUUUUAAUACUCAUUCCUCUGCAUAAUAGAAGAGGAUUAAAGAUCCUACAGGAGAGUCAAAGUAUAGUAGAGAUGGUAAUAAUGGAUUUCUUAUUUGUAAAGGUUAUGAAGAACAAAGUGAAAGACUGGUAUUUGAAGGAUUUAGAAUUUGAAAGCUUGUCGUAUCUCUCUGCUUUAUUUGAGAAAAUGGAUUGUGUUUCAAACAUUUUUUUUUCUGGGUAACGUCUCGUUUCUUGUACUCUGAGGCUCGUUAGCUUGGAGGGAAUUGCAAGUGGAAAAUGAAUGUUGCCAGAGAGCCUCCAGUGAAUUGGUAUGUUUGCUUUAGCAUCUACAUGUUCAGAAAAUUUGAUUCUGGCCUUCCGUUUCAUGCCAAGACUCAAAAAGGGAUUCUAAAGAAAGUAUUCUUGCUGGGAAAUCCUGAGAAUUUUCAAAACUCAGGUAUGUACCAUAUUUGAUUCUUAAUCAUAGUCAACCUGUGUAUUUCCAGAAUCAUUAGCCAUUAACUAGGAAUGAAUGACACAACUUGCUUAGGUUGUCCAAAAAUUUUGCAGGUGUUAUGGCAAAUGUCCUUCUUCAGGAAUAUAGGAGAAUCUUUAUAUUGUUUAUUACUGUAAAAAGUCUCAUAAAAUAAUAAUAGAUAUUUUGUCCUCAUAGUAAUUGGAACAGUAUCAGAAGUACUGUUUAUACUAAUAUCACUGAAGUAAUAGGAAGUUCCAUGCUGGAAAUGAAAGUACAUGUACAGCUUUUGUUUGAAAAGUUAGCUAUUUCAAUAAAUUCUUCCCUGCUUGGAAACAAAUUAUUUAAUGGCUUAUUAGCCUUCAAAGUUUUAUUAAGAGUAAUAUUUAUUGUUCAGAAGUUUGCAAAUUCUUCCCUCCCUCACAAAUCCACAUAUUAAGUAUUAGUCACUUUUCUUUAGAAGUUUUCAGAACAGUAGCUACUCACUUGUGUAUACUCUGGGUAGGACUGGGGAAGACUGUGUUUGGGAGAGUAUAGUGGAAAAGCUUAAGAGUUCGAUCCAUAGGUAAGUUUGCAUAACAGAAUUUUUUCCUGAGUUACUGUAAACUUCAGUAUUUUAGGCAUGUGCACUACCAUUUCAACAGUUCUACACUUCACUGUGCUUUCCUUGUAAAUAUCUGUGGUUAAUAUGUACUGUUAGAGGGACUUUCAAAGGCAGCCUCUUUAUUCCCUCUGUAUCUGGAACAUUAGAUUGCUGUACUAUACUUAAAAGUUGACUGCAGAUUUCUAGACUUGUACUCAGUUGUGGGCAAUUUUUGUCCUUCAUAAUAGUUAAAUUCCAUCAUGUGGAAAAUAGUUAGACUGUCUGUAUAAACCUGUGUAUUGAAAACCGGUAGCUCAGAGCACUUCAUUUGUACUACCACUGUAUUUGUGUACUUUAACAAUUGUGUAAAUACAUUCAUAAUGACUUCUACUCUUCCUUGGUGUAACUUACUCACGGUGACUCCUUACUCUUUCCUUGUUGUAAUUUUGUUUACCUUUUUAAUGGGUUUCUGUACACAUAAAGAACAUUCUCAAUUAUGAACGCUUGAAGAAAUUGUGGUAAUACUAAAACUUUCACUGAAGGAUUUUGGUAGUCACAGAAUACAGCAGGUAGGGUACACAAGAAAAAAAGAAGGCGUUCAUUGCUCUUUUCACAGAAAGCAAAUCUUUUUCUCUUUAAAGGUAAUUUUUGUUUGUUUGGAUAUUGCUUCUUUUCCAGAAGUCUUUUUUGCAAAGGCUUUGUUUUACCAGGCAAUACAUUGUAUUAAUAGGAAGUUUGGGAAGACAAGAAUAUUCAGCUCUACCCGCAAUGCCCUGUAUAAUAAAAGUAUUUGCUUUUGGCACAUAAUCCUCAAAAGUCUAUUCAAAAUCUGAACUGAAGGCAGAUAGGCCUUCAGGAGCCCUUUAGGUCUCUGAUUACAGGUCUUUUAAAAGGUGAAGGUUUAUUAAUUUAUCCCCAUAGUUUUCAUUCAAAAUUGGCUAUGUUCUUUUAUGUGGAAAAUAUCACCUGUGCUGCGGUUGUAUGUAAUCCUGGUGUCCAAGUCUCUGAAUUCUUUGUGAUACAAAUACCUUAAAAACAGUUGACAAUAAAUCCUAUACUUUGAGGUAUACCAAAGUAAAAAGAUUUAGAGAGUCUGUCCAUUCCACGUGUUAACUUCAUGAAAGUAUUUGAAAUCUCCUUUGGAGGAGGUCAUGUAGAACUUAAGAGGCUUCUCAUCCUUCAUUCUCAAGUGGGGAAAGGUAUCAUAAGCACAACUGUUUGUUGUCUUGCUUUCCCUGCACUCCAGACCUCAGAAUGGCAGCUCCUCCGUUGAAACUGCCAAAGGUAACGCUUUCAGAAAUGGAAUUUCCCAACAAGAAUCUUUACAAUGAAAUUACGGAUUUAUGGGUACAUCAUUGGGUGGAGUGUUUGUGUUCCUUUCAAGAAUAAUCCUUUUCUUUCUGUAAGAGAAUGAAAAUCCCUGGAAAUAAAAAAUAUAUUUUUUGUUGUUCUUUAA